AUGGAAGAGGCGAUAAGAGUUGCUGCCGAGGCCGAGCGUCGAGAGGCGGCGGAAAAAAGGAUGAAAGCGAGGGUAGAGUGUGACCCCUGUGAUGAUUAUGAUUCUGAGGAGGGAUACCGCAACGGAAUCCCAUCGGACGAUUCUGAUGCUGACUCGGAACGUGAUGACGAAGAGGUUCCGGACCGUCCUCGCUUGACGGGCAUCCCUGAGAUUAUUAAGAUGCCGGAGCAUGCCGAAUCCAAACUGCUGCGCAUAACGGAUGGCAGAACGUGGAUGACUCCCGAAAUUCUUACAGCGCUGACGAAGAGAGUUGGCUUUUCGGGUUGUAUUGAGUUCCGGAUUCCGAAGGAGCACGAGAGGCCUUAUGAUGCUCCGCCGGGAUGGAUAUGCGUUUACGAAUGCUUUUUUACCGAGUACGGAAUGAAAUUUCCGUUGCCUUUCCUGUUGUUGAAAUUCGCCUCUGAACGAGGUGUCGCCGUUAGUCAACUGACUCACGGCGUCUUUCCGUCACAUGGUUUUCACGGAAGCUUUAGCGAAGGCCGCGAAUAUCACGUUCGACCGCUAUCUUUUUGA